CCGCCGCAGCUGGCCGUGGUGACGUCCGGCAGGCCGGCCCGGGUAGUGACCCUGUGCCGGGAGGACGCGGGUUUGAACGGGGGCCGUAGUUACGGCCGAGUCCAACCGUUUGCCCGAUUCAAAUCGCUGCAAUGGAUCCGCCUGCGCCAAAAAGCAAGUUGAAGAAACUGAGUGAAGACAGCCUCACAAAACAGCCUGAAGAAGUUUUUGAUGUAUUGGAAAAGCUUGGUGAAGGGUCGUAUGGUAGUGUUUUUAAAGCAAUACAUAAAGAAUCAGGACAAGUUGUUGCCAUAAAGCAAGUGCCAGUGGAGUCUGAUUUACAGGAAAUUAUUAAGGAAAUUUCAAUAAUGCAACAAUGUGACAGUGCAUAUGUAGUGAAUUACUAUGGCAGCUAUUUUAAAAAUACGGAUCUCUGGAUAGUUAUGGAAUAUUGUGGGGCUGGUUCUGUGUCUGAUAUUAUCCGACUACGAAACAAAACACUAACUGAAGAUGAAAUAGCAACAAUUCUGAAAUCCACCUUGAAAGGUCUGGAAUAUCUGCACUUCAUGAGAAAAAUCCACCGAGAUAUCAAAGCUGGAAAUAUUCUACUGAAUACUGAGGGCCAUGCAAAGCUGGCGGAUUUUGGUGUUGCAGGUCAGCUGACAGACACAAUGGCAAAACGCAACACUGUGAUAGGAACACCAUUUUGGAUGGCACCAGAAGUGAUCCAAGAAAUCGGCUACAAUUGUGUUGCAGACAUUUGGUCUUUGGGGAUCACUGCAAUUGAAAUGGCUGAAGGCAAGCCGCCCUAUGCAGACAUUCAUCCAAUGAGGGCUAUUUUUAUGAUUCCCACCAACCCACCACCAACAUUCCGGAAGCCAGAACUUUGGUCAGAUGAGUUCACGGAUUUUGUAAAGAAGUGUCUAGUGAAGAAUCCAGAGCAAAGAACAACUGCCACACAGCUAUUACAGCACCCUUUCAUUAAAAAUGCCAAAUCUGUGUCAAUUCUGAGAGAUUUAAUCAGUGAAGCCAUGGAAAUCAAAGCUAAAAGACAUCAAGAGCAGCAAAGGGAACUUGAAGAUGAUGAUGAAAAUUCAGAUGAAGAUGAAGUUGAUAACUACACCAUGGUGAAAACUAGCCAUGCAACCACAAAUACAAUGAGGGCAACCAGUACCAUGAGUGAAGGUGCACAAACAAUGAUCGAGCACAACAGUACCAUGUUGGAAUCAGAUUUGGGGACCAUGGUAAUUAACAGUGAUGAUGAGGAUGGAACCAUGAAAAGGAAUGAUGCUUCAGAACAACUGCAAAGACCAGCAUUUAUGGAUUAUUUUGACAAGCAGGAGAAAAGUACUAAGCGUCUUGGGAAUUGUGACCAAAAUCUGCAAGAGCCUUUCCAUAAGUCAAGAAAUCCUUUCCCUGAUAACUGGAAGGUUCCACAAGAUGGGGACUUUGAUUUUCUGAAAAAUCUGAGCUUUGAAGAACUACAGAUGCGAUUGAGUGCACUGGAUCCAAUGAUGGAGCGAGAAAUUGAGGAACUGCGUCAAAGAUAUCAGGCUAAACGACAGCCCAUUCUAGAUGCCAUGGAUGCAAAGAAACGGAGACAGCAGAACUUCUAGUCGAACUUCUUAUCCAUCUAAACCUACCCACACUAUCCAGGGUAGUAUGCCUUUAUCUAUAAAAUGUAGUGUCAGAACAGUAACAGCAAAAGUAAUUAAACACUGGUCGAAUAACAUUAAUUAUAAUCUGCAAUCUUUCCUACAGGCAAUGAAGCAAACAGUUUUAACAGCAAUGUAUUGUUCAUUUCUUGGCAACUUUUGUUUCAUCACAGCUUCAUACCAUGUAAUGAAACUAUAAUUCAGUUUGAAACAUGCUGUGUUGAGUGAGGCAACAUUAACAAUCUGGAGUGUCCUUAAUGUGGUGAAACAUCCAAGCAGCUUUGCAGAAAUGUUACCCCACUAAAUUUGAUUCUGAAAAAGAACUUCAGGAGAUCCUAGGGCAGAGGACCAAAACCUUGGGGAAGUGGUUGGUUUUAAGGAAUGUCUGAAGAGCAGCCAUUGAGCAGCCAGGCUUAAGGAAGGAGUUCCAGAGCUCAGGACUUUAGCAGUUGAAGGCACAGCCAUAGUUAGUGGUGAGAGUAAACUUUGAAAUGCUCAUUAGUCCAGAUUAGAGAAACAUGCAGCAUCCUGUCCAGAAAAUAUAUCACCAUUCUUUCAUUGUAACUGGGUCUAAGUUAUGACACACAUUGGCCAAUAGCACAGCAAAUGAAUGCUUCACAAGAAGGCUUGCAGUGUAUCAAUAGGCACCUUACCAACUCCACCUCCAGCUGGAGAGCCAGUACAAUGGGGAAUAAAUGAUAGCAGUGACCACAUGUUGUAAGCUCAUUUAAAAAUAGUUUGGCUCCUCAAAUCAAACUAUACCCAAUGUCUGUCAGGAUUUACACUAUAAUUAUUCUUGACAAGGAAAUACUGGCCAGUUCUUUUUAUACUUCCCUGAUGCACAAUAAGCUGAAGCAACUGCCACCUUGUUAGUUGCCUUCAAGACUGCCAAUGGCAACUCUGAAGUGUCCAAAUGUAUACUUGUAUACUUGUGGCAGUGGACAAGAACUACAAAGCAACUUUAAAACUUCUGCCUCUAGACAUCUGGAAGACUUUCAUGGGAAAUACCUCAUAGCAAAGGCAGAUAUCAGUAAUUGAAUUUACCACUGCCUUCAGUGCACAGCAAAGGAAAAGGGCAUUUAAAGAUCCAGAUCACAAACUUUGCCACAAAACCCAUGGUCUCCCAGGCAGGAAUGAUCCUGAUAUAAGAACCACAAGUCCCUUUUGCAUGAGCUAUAUUCUGGACCCAUGCAGGUAAAAAUUGUGUUUUACCAUGCAGGUAAAAAUACAAUGUGUUGGUAUGCAUCUUCAGAUACAGAUGGUAUCUGUAUGCCUAAUGAAGUGAUGCUUUUCCUUCAGUGGCCCAGAGGCAAAUCAUCCUUUAGAAAUGGUCCUGAAGAUAACUUGUGCCAGUUGUUUGUAUAAGUACAGAGAUUUAGGUCUGCUACUGGCAUUUGUAUGGUGAUAAAAUAAACACAUUGUUCCUGCUGUAGCUUGGUAGCCCUGUUCUAUGGUAUAAUGAUGCACUGGAAAACUUAUUUGUGGAAUUUGUUUUUGACCACAAAUUCUUCAACACUAAUUAAUGUACAGAAAUUGAUUUCAUCAAGAACUACCACUGAUUUUAUACAGGAUGAACGUGAAUGCCUCAUUGCCUGUGAAAGUGUUCAUCAGCCAGAAUGCCAGAGUGCACAUAACCGUGAUAAAGAUUGUAGUUAAUUUAUUUCAAUGUAAAUACUGAUUUUAUUGAUGCAUACAAGGAUUUAAUGGUAUCAGCAGGUAUCGGUUUUAUAUUUGCUUCUGUUCUACCAUGAUGCCAACAGAAAGUGUCUAUUUUCUAAAUGAUUACUUCCAUGCUCAACUAAGUACGGUGCUGCAGGCUGCAUGUACUGUAGGUUCAUGAAAGAAGCUUCCAGUGUUGCAAAUGCCCCAAAGAAACACAUUAUUUAUUGUAUUCCAGCAAAACUCUGCUAAUUUUUCUUGCUAAGUAUUUUCAUAGAUGUUGAUGACCUCAUGGUUGGUGGUGACAUUUGAAAAUGAUGUUCUGCAAGGCUUUCUUUUUACCCCAAACCACCUUACAUGAACAAAACAUGACUGCAUCCCCUUCUCACUUAAAAUUCUGACUCCCACUUGAGAACUGGACCUUGUUCAGUUAAGCUCAUUUAUAACUGCUGUAAAUUAAAGAGCUCAGAAGUUAUUGUGCAUCUGUGUUUAAUUUGUUAUACACGUUAUUCAUCCAGUCCCAACACAAAGCAUCAUUUGCUGGGGGUGGGGGGAGGGGCAUUGGAUAUGUAAUACCUUAACUCAAUUCAGUGUGACUUAAUGGACUUUUUAUGAUAUUGGAAAUGAAACAAUGACUCCUGAGGUGCAAUACUCUGCUCGGCAGCUACUGUUUAUAUUGUUCUGUAUAUGAACUCAAAGCAUGAUCUUGCUAAAGGAGAAAUUUAAAUGACUCUGGUAGAUAACAGGGGUGACAUUCAUUCGUCAGUUGUCAACUUAGAUUAAUGUUGGAAUAUCUUUAAAAAUAGCUAAGUUGCCCUCUAUACUGUGUUGACAUUAGAAUCUGUAGUAUUUAAAAUGUUUUGUACUUACAAGUGAACUUCUGUAUGGUAAUUUGUUCAAUCAAGACACUGAUGAUAAGCAAUUGAUUGACGGCUCUAUGCAAGAUGUCUAAACUGACCCAAUUACCCCACUCUUAUUUCUCUUUUAAAAUGGGGAAGUCUUUUGCUAAUUGAGUUCAUCCUUCCUCCCUACAGAGUAAUCACAACGGUCAAAGUCUUCCUUUUCAUAUUUAACUGUAGCCCUGCAACUUGUUCUCUCUCAUGAAUCAUUUACAGUAGGGGUAGUUUAUGCCAGUUAACUUAGCCUUGGGAUGCAGCAGGAGAUAAGAGUACUAGGGUGGGAGAGUUGGGACCAUUCAUUCAUGGGGAGACCAUGCAGACAACACCCACGAUCAGGACAGAAGGAGCUGUGAGGCAGUAUGCCAACUGCUGCAUUAUUGUGCAUGGUGAGACAGUUUCACUGAGCAACUGCACCAUGCCAUACCAUACUCUUUGAUCACGACUGAUUCUUCUUCCAGCACAUUUAGGGUCUGACAGUGUAUUCAAACACUUUUAGUUAAAUCUGGAGUAAAAACCUCUCAUGUAAGUAGGAGUGUUGUGCCUUGACAGAAAAGGGGAUUGGUGUGGACAGUACUCAAUGAAUUACCAGAAAUGGAUGCUUCUAUUUGUACUCAAGGAAAAGUGGAAUGUGUAUAUACUGUCUUAUAAGUAAUUUAUUAUUCUAGUAAUUAAAAGCAGAUUAUGGUUUAAAUCUUUAAAUCUCUAUCCAUCUAAAAACUUAAAUAAUGACUGGAUUCCAAAAAUCACUGCAAGUUGCCAAAUUGGAAUAGUUUCAGUGCCUUUUAAAUAUAUUCACUUGAUUAAUGUGAACAUUUCAAGUUAGAAUGAGUUGUGAGAUGCUGCUCAAAUUCUUGCUCUUGUAACAGGACAUGCACUGAACAAAUACGAGUUUAUCCUCUAUUUCCUUAAGUAAACCUUUGUGUGCAUACUCAACAGGAAAAGCCACACUGGAAGAAGUAAUGAUUCACUGUAAUCAGUCUACAGUGGAUUAUAUGGAGGUUAAGGCUUAGCUUGCAUAAAGCCCUGUCUGCUUUAUUUAACUAUGUCUCACAAGGCAAUAUUAGCAAUAACAGGUGACAGUCUUAUCCUACAGUAAUAGUGUUCCAGUGUAGUGGUCUCAAUAUGUGUUAAACUUGGAGAUUUGAAAGAUUUUACUCCACAUAAACUUUUGAAGACCAUUAUUAAGCUCUGUUUGCAUUCAAAAUAAUAUUUUCUUCAAGACUGAAGUUUUGCCCAUGUGACUGUACUAUGGUUUUCUGGGGGUUUUUUUUGGAAAUGUGCUGCUUUCUUAUGAACACCAAUAAUAAAUGAAGAUCAGGUGGAUGUGUAAUCCUUUUAACUAUAGUAUCAUGGUGGAACUUUUAGAGAUAGUGAGGAAGUAAUCAUGAGCAGUUGACAUUGUGUAUUGCAGUGUUUAACUGUUGAUGUAUGCUGAGAUUCUUUGCUUAAAGGAGAGUUGACUUAACAUGUGCCAAACAAGAAUGGUAGGAAAGGAAAAUAAAGUAAGGUGUGAAGAGGUUGUGUAAAGCGUAACUGCCACUCUGCUCUAAAUUUAAUGUAAGUACUUUCAUUUCUAUAAAACUGAUAACCAUCUCAAUGAAGAAUUAAUUAUAUCAGUUGUACAUUGAUGCUAGUCUAAAACUGCCUGAUUCUUGGUAAAUCCUUGAGAAAAUAUUAAAUUAUUAAUCAGUAAUUCAAACAGCAUUUAUAGAGCAUUAUCAUCUCAGUAAAACUUCCCAAAAGAGCUUCACAGAAGCAUAACCAAAAAGAGUUGUGUUGGCAAGAAACAGAAGCUCUGCUGGCAAUAAAGCAGCUCUUGUGUUGGCAGCAGCAUAACUCCUGUCCACACACACUCUACUUCAGGGCUAUCUGUUCUGCUUUCCUCAGACUUACAACAGCUGGAGUGUAAACUAUAAUGGAGGGUAACUUGCAUUCCAAAUACAGCACCUCAAAUGAAUGCAGAUAUUUAGAGGUCCAAAUGGGGAGAAUAUUACUUGUUCCAACAUCUGCAUAUUUAGAGUUAAUUUCUCCCAGUGCUGGUGUGUUUCUCUCAGUGCAUGAGAAUUUUAUAACUCAACUUGCUUUAAACAAAUUAUGGCCUUUUGUCACCACUUUUCAGCAACUCCUACUGACUUGAAUUGGUAAGUGAUGUUGUUAACCUUACUUUGACUUGUAGGAUUAUUUACAAUUUUAAUCUUUGGGUAUAGCUGGUUGUUGUUAACAAGAAAAUCUAUAUAUUUUGAAUUUCAUAUGUUCAUUUUCUUAACGUGAAACACUAACUUAUUUUAUGAUGUGCCUUUUGCUAUAUCCCACAAUAAAGAAAGUUACUAUCUAUAG